AUGAUAACAUUCAUAAUAUUUUUUCAUUUAAGUCAUAAUGUAUAUUAUUUUACUUAUUUGAUUGAUAUUAUGAGUCUAACCCCACUUGACUUCUAUAAAGUCAAGUGGUGAUUCUCUCACAUUUUCUUAAUAAUUAUUUGAUUGUAAGGACUUAAGUGAGCUCUUAUUAUGAGUUGGAAGUAAUGGAAGAAGCCCAAGUAAAAGUCCAAGUCUUAUGGAGAGGACUGACCUAAUGUGUUUAUGGGCCUAAGAAAGGGCGUCAUCUUGGUUAGGCCCAUUUGGACCUUAGGUAACACAUAACUUUGGCCUAGCCCAUUCAGACUUAAAAGGAGUAUCAAGAGAUGAGAUCAAGGCCACUCAUCUGAAGGCGCCUUAAGAUGAGAUUAAGAAGAGGAUUAGAGUGCCACCUUCAUAAAAGAAUCUAGCCCCUCCACUAAGAAAGUUGAUUAUUAAUCAUAACCAUCUAUUAUAGGGGCCUAAUUCUCUAGAGGUUUAAGGCUUUUCGCCCCCCUCUUAAAGGAUGCUUGUUGGCUCUAUCUCUAGUAGUAGCUAGCCGAAGAAAAAAAGAGGAAAAUCAAGGCCUAAUUAAUGACAUUCUCAUGCUCAAGAUUGUCAUGGAGAAGAGACUACCUAGAGUGCAUCAAGAUCAUCAUGGGUCAAACAUCACUCGGCCUAAGACUAGUGCACAACAAGGUUUGUGUAAGAUCUAGAUCUAAGAUAUCCUAGUAAUCUUCUCCAUAGAUAGAAUAACUCUUAGUUUGAAUUAAUUUUAUCAUUUAUUCUAUCAUUUCAUUAUGUUUGAUUGAUGCUCUCCCUUUUGCCACACUUUCCAUUUCUAUUGUCUUUACCCUUGUUAAAUAAAUUCCUCCCCUUCACAAUCUCAAGUAUAUCUAUAUAUAUAUAAGAAAUAAAUUAAGUAAAAUUAUUACUCUCAUUACCCAUGCUCCUUAAGGAUCAACCCUUACUUAUCCUAAACCGAAGAGUGAGAUUUUAUAAAUGUCAUUUGCAUGAACUUGGUUGCAUCACGACGACAUAUUUAACUUUUAAAUCAAGUUCAUCAAGAGGCAUUCCCUGUGACUCUAUUUUUUGAAUGGGAGGUUAUUUUGGGUUGACUGCUCUAAUGAACUCAAAUUAGAGGUUAAAUAUGUCAUAGUGAUGUAACCAAAUUCAUCCAAAUAAUAUUUAUUAAACCUCAAUCUUUUAUUUAGGAUAAAUAAGGGUCGAUCCUCAAGGAGUCUAGAUAAUGAAAGUAAGAAUUCUACUUGUAUAUAUAUAUAUAUAUAUAUAUAUAUAUAUAUAUAUAUAUAUAUAUACUUAAGAUUGUGAAAGGUGAAAUUAAAUAUAAAAGGGGUAAGAUAAGAGUUAUGAAAAACGUGGUAGAGGAGAGAAAAUGAAUCUAAUGCAAUGAAAUUAUACAAUAAAUGAUAAAACUAGUUUGAAUUAAAAUUUAAUCUAUCCAUGGAGAGGAUUACAAAGAUGUCCCAAAUUUGGAUCUUGCACAAACUUCAUUGUGCAUCAAUCCUAGGCCAGGUGAUGCUUAAUCAAUGCACUUCAAGUAAUCUCUUCUCCACGAUGAUCUUAGGUACAAGAAUACCAUUGACCAGGCCUUGAUUUUCUUCUUAUUUUCUUCGACUAGCCACUACUAAAGAAAGAGCCAAAAAGCAUUCUCCAAGAGGGGGGUGAGAUGCCUUAAUCCUCUUGACAAUUAAACGCUUUCAAUCAACAAUUAUGAUUAAUAACUAACUCUCUUGGUAGACAGCUGACGUGACUCAGUCGUUGUAUAUUAAAUCACACAAAUCUAAAAUUUAUAAAACUAAAAAAUAUGAUUUUUUAGAUAUUUAGAAGUAUUUCUGAACAAAUAUAUCAAUUAUAAUUCAAUAAAACUUCCAAAAAAUAGCAAUAAUUUUUCACGUCGAUCAUAGAGAUGUAAUAUAAUAUCUGGUAAUUUUUCAGAAUGUUUCUCAAUGAAUACGAUUUUUUAUGAAUUUUAUACUAGGAAAUGAAAAGGAAAUAUAUUUAAAAUUCACGAAAAAAAGGAAAUAAGGGUGCAGACGUCAGAAUGACAUCAGCACCCGGCGAACACGAAUCAGGCAAAAAUCUAUUUCCGCCUGGUGA